CUACACUUCCAUUUCAUAAUAUUUUUCAUUUCAUAUGCGUUCAUGGCGUCUUCUUGAUGGUCCACCCAAUGCUAGGGCAGUGUUGGACUGAAACUAGCUGUAGCUGACACCACCGUGGGAGAGGGAGAGAGAUGGCGGAGGAAGCUGAAGCAGCUGUUCUUGGAUUUCUGGAGAAGAACGAUGAAAUCUCGGACUCAGGUCAUUUCGCAGGCGAGCGUGGAAUCAAUCACAGCGACAUCGUCAACAUCAUCAAGAGCCUCCAUGGUUUUAGACUGGUCGAUGCUCAGGACGUUAAAAGGGAGAAGUGGGUGCUUACCGAGGAAGGGAAAUCAUAUACUAGCACAGGAUCACCUGAAGUGCAACUUUUCUUGGCCAUACCUCCUGAGGGUAUCUCUCCAGAAGAAUUACAGAAAAAGGUUCAGCCCUCGGUUUAUGGAAUAGGUCGCUCGUGGGCCAUAAAAAAUAAGUGGGUGGAUAUGGGAAAACAACUAGUUUCAAGAAAGGUGCAACAUGUGGAUGACAGAGUCAAGGAUUUGCUUUUAUGUAUACAGGAUGGAAAGGUUGUUGACAAAAGUGAUAUUGACGCUCUCAAGAAGAGAAAGCUCAUCUUUCAAGAGACAUGGAAGGGCUAUUCAGUAAGAAAAGGUCCUAAUUAUGUUCCAAAAAGAAAGAAAGUUGCUACUGAUUUGACCCGAGAGCAUCUCCAAAGGGGUGAUUGGAAGGAGCUGGAGUUCAAAGAGUAUAACUUCAAUGCUAAAGGUCAGCCUGCCGAAGGUGGCCAUCUUCAUCCUUUGCUGAAGGUUCGAAGGCAAAUGCAGAUGAUUUUUCUUCUUAUGGGUUUUGAGGAGAUGCCAACAAAUAAUUUUGUUGAAAGCAGCUUCUGGAAUUUUGAUUCAUUGUUCCAGCCACAGCAGCAUCCCGCUCGAGACUCACAUGAUACUUUCUUUCUUAAAGAUCCCUCCACUACAAGGAACCUGCCAGAAGAUUAUGUUGAGCGGGUAAAGCUUGUUCAUGAGUCUGGUGGUUAUGGGUCCAAAGGCUAUGGAUAUGAUUGGAAGAGAGAGGAGGCAAAUAAAAACCUUCUGCGGACUCACACAACUGCUGUUUCUUCAAGGAUGCUUUACAAGCUUGCCAAGGAACCAUUUGCCCCCAAAAAAUACUUCUCUAUAGAUCGUGUUUUCAGAAAUGAAGCUGUAGAUCGAACUCAUUUGGCAGAGUUCCACCAGAUUGAAGGCCUGGUAUGUGAUCGAGGUCUAACUCUUGGCGACUUAAUAGGGGUCUUGCAUGACUUCUUUUCACGCCUGGGGAUGUCACAGCUGCGUUUCAAGCCUGCCUACAAUCCAUAUACUGAACCUAGCAUGGAAAUUUUCAGUUAUCAUGAAGGAUUAAAGAAAUGGGUGGAGAUUGGAAACUCUGGCAUGUUUAGACCUGAGAUGUUGCGUCCUAUGGGACUUCCAGAAGAUGUCCGGGUUAUUGCUUGGGGCCUUUCACUUGAAAGACCAACAAUGAUAUUGUAUGGCAUUGAUAACAUUCGAGAUUUGUUUGGGCACAAGGUGGAUCUUAGUCUCAUCAAGAGAAACCCGAUUUGUCGCAUUGGCAUUUAGUAAACUGUGGGAUGUUCCUGCCUUUUUUGGCUAAGGACUUUUGAGUUUAUGUUUUGGGUAUUUUCUCCUCAUAGUGAAUUGAAUCUAUUCAUGUUGAGGCUCACUGUUUUUUAGGCUCAGCAUAUACCCCCACAACGCAACACCAGAAAAAAACCCUAUUUGAUCUGUUGCCAAAAGCCCAUUGUAUUUUUUUUGGCUUUUGUUUUGUUUUGUUUUUGUUUUUGUUUUGUUUUUUUGUUCAGGCCAGGGCAGUGAUUCUGUUGUAGCAAUCUUAUGUAACCCUGCACACAACAUUGCCUGCUUAGGGCUACGGCCGGCGGCAUGUGAUUUUUCCUAUAGGUACUGGGGGCUUAAAUACAGAGCUUGAACCUUUCACUGGUCACUAUUUAUUUUUGACAACUUUGCUACUUUUAUUGCAUCACUGUUGUAUUAGCUACACACGUUGAUGGUGCCAAACUGGUAUUCAGAUGGCUACGAGUGAUGCCUUUGUUUCGAAUGUUGUAGAGUAAAAGGUUUGGAUUGGAUCUG